GUUUGCCGUUUAUUCAAUCUUCGAAUCGAAACCAAGAAGUAACCGUCUUAAGUUGUUAGUAUAAAUUUGAUUAAUAUCAUCAUGAAUUCUACGGUAGUGUUUUUGGUGCUGGCAGUCUCUACCAUUUUGGUCUACGGCGCGGAAAACCGCACGGAGAACAAAAAAUUCCAAGAGGCGAGACUCAAGUGCCAAGAGGAUCCGGCGACCAGAUUGGACGAGGAAGCGCUUAAGAAAUCCUUGAAAGGGGACAUCAACAGAACGAAGUUCGGUCCUCACGCCCUUUGCAUCUACCAAUACCUCGGCGUCCUGGACAAGAAUUUUAACGUGAACAAGGUGGAAUUGAGGAAACAGCUGGCUUACACCGUGACCGACAGCUUAAAAUUGGACGCGGCCGUCGCCGAAUGCGCUGUUACCAAGAAAACGCCCAAGGAAACGGCUGUGGAAAUAUUCUUGUGUACUAGAAAAGUGUUGCCUCCUUAUGUAGCUUGAUUGGUAAAAUUUUUGUUUCAUAUAGUUUAUGUAGUAAUAUACCUAAUGUAAU